ACAGGAAAAACAGUACCCGGGAUGGAGACACCGUGGAUAAUCGCAACCACGCGACAGAUCGGGGCUACAGGCUUCAGGGACCACAUCACGACCUAUUCCCGACCUUAGACAACUUAAGCGAGGAGUGAAAUGAAUACUGCUGCCAGUCCUAACAGGGCAUUAAGGCCAAAGGUGAGAUUGAUUCAGGUUCCUCCUGACUUUUUCUACCUUCUAGCCCUCAGAUUCGUCACUACCUCGAGGCCCCCACCAUGCCUCAUAUCGACAACGAUGUGAAACUGGACUUCAAUGAUGUCCUGCUGAGACCCAAACGCAGCACCCUUAAGUCUCGAAGUGAGGUGGAUCUCACAAGAUCCUUUUCAUUUCGGAACUCAAAGCAGGUGUACACUGGGGUCCCCAUCAUUGCCGCCAAUAUGGAUACUGUGGGCACCUUUGAGAUGGCCAAGGUUCUCUGUAAGUUCUCCCUCUUCACUGCUGUCCAUAAGCACUACAGCCUCGAUCAGUGGCAAGAGUUUGCUGGCCAGAAUCCUGACUGUCUUGAGCAUCUGGCUGCCAGCUCAGGCACAGGCUCUUCUGACUUUGAGCAGCUGGAACAGAUCCUGGAAGCUAUUCCCCAGGUGAAAUAUAUAUGCCUGGAUGUGGCAAAUGGUUACUCUGAACACUUUGUUGAAUUUGUAAAGGAUGUGCGGAAGCACUUCCCCCAGCACACCAUUAUGGCAGGGAAUGUAGUAACAGGAGAGAUGGUGGAAGAGCUAAUCCUCUCUGGGGCUGAUAUCAUCAAAGUAGGAAUUGGGCCAGGCUCUGUGUGCACCACCCGGAAGAAAACUGGAGUGGGGUAUCCACAGCUCAGUGCAGUGAUGGAGUGUGCAGAUGCUGCUCAUGGCCUCAAAGGGCACAUCAUUUCAGAUGGAGGCUGCAGCUGUCCUGGGGAUGUGGCCAAGGCUUUUGGGGCAGGGGCUGACUUCGUGAUGUUGGGUGGCAUGCUGGCUGGGCACAGUGAAUCAGGUGGUGAGCUCAUUGAGAGGGAUGGCAAGAAGUACAAGCUCUUCUACGGAAUGAGUUCUGAAAUGGCCAUGAAGAAGUAUGCUGGGGGCGUGGCUGAGUACAGGGCUUCAGAGGGUAAGAUGGUGGAAGUCCUCUUUAAAGGGGAUGUGGAACAUACCAUCCGGGACAUCCUAGGUGGGAUCCGCUCUACAUGUACCUAUGUGGGAGCAGCGAAGCUGAAGGAGUUGAGCCGGAGAACUACCUUCAUCCGAGUCACCCAGCAGGUGAAUCCAAUCUUCAGUGAUGAGCACUAGACCUGAGCAGAUCUGUGCUCCCAAGACAACAUACCCAUCCCACAUACUGUGGCUGUGUAUUACUUUGUCAUUUCCUAUUGUCUUACUCCUGAGAGCUCCUGCAAUCACUCUAUAUUUCUCUAUGGGCACACUGGAAAUGCUCAAGGCACUUACUAGGGAGGAAGCAAGGAAGAAAACAGUCUGAGAAAAUGAUGUGAGAGAAUCAAAUGGUAAUCUAAGGACCCAGCAUCCUGAAGAUUAUGAAAAGGAAAAGACACUGAUUGAUACAUAAUGUUUUAUAUGGCCUUGAUCUGGAUGAGGCAGGCUUUUAUAACCAUGUCUUGUUAGCUUCAUUAAAUGGGACCCUUCAAAUAUCUAAAAAGCUAAAAAGAAGUGUUUACAUAUUUGAAAUACCUCAAUAAAGAGAGAUCCCACUGACUAAAAA